GCCCAACGAUCGUGGGCAGAAGGCGGUCCUGCUUUGUUGGGGCGUGAGUGUGUGUGUGUGCCCGUGUGAGUGCCGUGUGUGAGUGUAUAUGUGUGUGUGCCUGGGGGUACUGAGGGCUACGUGGGGGCGAAGCAGAACUUGCCAUGGCAGCAGCAGAGGAAGAGGACGGGGGCCCCGAAGGGCCAAAUCGCGAGCGGGGCGGGGCGAGCGCGACCUUCGAAUGUAAUAUAUGUUUGGAGACAGCUCGCGAAGCUGUGGUCAGCGUGUGUGGCCACCUCUAUUGUUGGCCCUGUCUCCAUCAGUGGCUGGAGACACGGCCAGACCGGCAAGAAUGCCCGGUGUGUAAAGCCGGAAUAAGCAGGGAGAAGGUCGUCCCUCUUUAUGGGCGAGGGAGCCAGAAGCCACAGGAUCCCAGAUUGAAAACUCCACCCCGCCCUCAGGGCCAGCGGCCAGCUCCGGAGAGCAGAGGGGGGUUCCAGCCAUUCGGUGAUGCAGGGGGAUUUCACUUCUCCUUUGGCGUUGGCGCCUUCCCCUUUGGCUUCUUUACCACCGUGUUCAAUGCCCACGAGCCUUUCCGAAGGGGUGCAGGUGUGGAUCUGGGGCAGGGUCACCCAGCCUCCAGCUGGCAAGAUUCCUUGUUCCUGUUCCUCGCCAUCUUUUUCUUUUUCUGGCUGCUCAGUAUUUGAGCCGCAUCUCCUCCCUGCCCACCUCCAGCUAGAGGAGAAUCAGUAUUGGGAGUCCCUUGCUGGCCCUUCCUUGCUUUCGGACCACCCUCUUACUUCCAUGACCCAUCUCUUUGCCGAGGCCUCUUUCGGGAGGACGUGGGGAGGAGUGAGCGGUAUGCUUACCAUGGGAGUGCCUGCUGCUGUGUACUGCUGGCCCAGUAGCACAGACACGCCCAGCCUGGAGGACUAGACAGGUGUCUGGUUCUCCCCUCUCCCAAGCCUUUGCUUUCCCCAAGAUUUCUUGAUUUGGUGUUUAAAGGUGGGCUCUCCCCAACUCCUCCACUCGACUUAAUUUAAUUUUUCUCUCCACACUGUCUAAUAUGAAUUUUGACUCUUUUAAGUGUCUCUUUCCACCCCUCACUACCUCCUUUAUUACAAAUUCAAAUAAUAAUAAUAAUAAUGAUAAUAAUAAUAAUAAAAAAUGAAAUGCAUUGCUGGGAA